AUGACAACAAACGCACCUCCCAGCGCCCCAGCCCAAGAUUUAACCGUCCCCACCGAAUGCUGGGCCGGCGUCGUUGACAAUCCAGGCGCCGACUUCGUGCUCAAAGUCGAAAAGGUCCCGGUCCCCUCCCCAGCGCCAGAUCAGGUCUUGCUCCGGCUCAACGCCACGGGUCUAUGCUACUCGGACCUGCACUACAUGCUGAACGACCUGGGAAUGGGUCUGCCGUGCAUGAAGGACUUUGGCGUGCGCUCGCCGGGCCAUGAGGGCGCCGGGUAUGUAGUCAAAGUCGGCGAGGCAGUCAAGGGCUGGAGCAUCGGCGAUCGCGCGGGCAUGAAGCCACUGUGGGAUACGUGUGGGAGUUGCAAUUUGUGCUUUAGUGGCAUGGGCCCGCAUUGCGCGGGUGCGGUGCAGGCCGGCUUGUUUGUCACUGGUACAUACCAGCAGUUCAUCCUCGCGCCGGCGAAGUAUCUCAAUCGCAUCCCGUCCGGCGUCUCGGACUAUGUUGCUGGGCCGGUCAUGUGCUCUGCGUCCACCAUGUACCGUGCGCUUGCGAAUUCCGGACUUAAGGCUGGUGAUUUUGCCUGCUUUCCUGGAGGUGGAGGUGGUGUGGGCAUUCAAGGAGUGCAACUUGCUAAGGCCAUGGGCUUCCGGCCUGUCGUCACAGACAGCGGGGCCGACAAAAAGAAGUUAGCUCUGGAGAUGGGUGCUGAAGCGUUUGUGGACUUUAGAGAAGUUGAGGAUGUGCCGAAAGCAGUUGUCGAGGCGUGUGAUGGAAUUGGAGCACACGGCGUGUUCGUCACGGCAGUACCGAGUUAUAAGCAGGCGGUUGCGUUUACGGGCAUGAGGCCUGGUGCAGUUGUUGUAUGCAUUGGACUACCUCCGGAGGGCACCUCGCUGGGCGCUGAUCCGCUGAAAUACGUUUUCCAAGGCCUUCAGAUCAAGGGCAGCCUAGUCGGCGAUCUGCACGACACACAUAUGGCACUUGACUUUGCGCGAAGAGGGAGUCUGAAGCAAAUCUGCGAAGUGUGGCCAUUGCAUCGCAUGCCAGAAGCAGUUGACAAGCUGAGAGAGGGAAAGGUUGCGGGCAGGAUUGUGAUUGACUUCAACGACGACGCUGAAAUGACGAAGCUGUGGGAGAAGCAGAAGAGUACGUCUGCUUGA